AUGGCCGAACAACCAAGAAACACACGUCCAGUGGCCGGACAAGAGGGAGAUCAAAAUGAAGAUGAUCAUUCCCAAGACAAAAGGAGAUGGACGGAUGAGGAAGAUGUUCAAUUGUGCAAGUCUUGGAAAGCUCAAGAUGAAGCACAAAAAUUGUGGCAUGCCGGGAUGAAGAGAAAAAGUGGGAAGUCCAAAAGACACAAUUUUCAGAGUUUUGAUAGUUACGCUGUUGUGGAGGGCUUUGAACAAUUUAAAGACAUCCCUAGUCAUACAUCCGGAGGAACAUCAAAUGAAGGAAGUCAACAUAUGCGCACACAACCAAUUCCUGGAAAUUCUCCCAUCAACUUGGACAUGGAUGUAAAUGAGGUAAUUACAGUUGAAACUGCAGAUCCUAACGUGAGGCCUCAAGGAAGGAAGGUUGCGAAAGAAGCAAUUCGGAAAGGAAAGAAGGCAGCGAAAGAUCAAAGUCCUUUAUCAAGCACUCUCGAGAGUAUAGCGAACAACCAAAUAGAGGCAACCGCGGGCAAGAAAAAACUCGAUGACCAAUUCGCUCGAAGUCUCCAAGAGGAAAGUCAACGAGCAUGUAUCCUCUUGCAAAUCGAAAUGCGAAAAGAGCAACUCCUAUUUCAAGAAAGAUACGAGAUAGUAAGGCUGGUUGGUGAGGGGAGUUUUGGGUGGGUGUAUCAGGCCAUCGACAACGACUCCCGUCAGCUUGUGGCGAUCAAACUGCUGAAGGCAGACGGCGAUCCGUCGGCAUGUGCACCGGAAAUCCGUGCUCUCCAAAAUUUGGAGCACCCCAAUAUAGUGAGCCUCAAGGGUGUUGAAUACGAAGACGACGACGUCUUCUUUGUUUUUGAGUACAUGGAGGGGAGCCUUGGUGAUCUUAUUAAUGAGAGGCUGAGCAGGAAUUCCCCUUUCUCGGAGGCCGAAAUCCGAUCAUUGAGCCGUCAGGUGUUGCAAGGCCUUGAAUUCAUGCAUCACCAACGGUUCAUGCACCGGGAUCUGAAGCCGGAGAAUCUUUUGGUGAACAAUGGCGUCAUCAAGAUUUCGGAUCUGGGUACUGCUACGGAGAUCGACUGCGGCGGCCAAGUCCAUCAUCAUUACGUCACCACAAGGUGGUACAGAGCCCCGGAGAUGCUGUUUCGAGCGUUUGUGAAAAACGAGAGGCUUCGACCUUUUGAGUACGAUGAGAAAGUAGACAUGUGGGCGAUGGGGACAAUCAUAGCAGAGCUGUUUCUCAUGCGGCCUCUCUUCGAGGGUGACGAUUCGCCGGAUCAGCUGUACAAGAUAUGCGAAGUCAUAGGGGCUCCAACUACGGAUUCACGGACGAUGCCUAAACUUGGGCCGGAGAAUGGUGUGGGUCUUCGAGCAUUGAUGCCAUAUGCCAGUGAAUCGUCUAUCGAUCUCAUAGAGUCUCUUUGUUCUUGGGACCCUUCGAAAAGGCCAACUGCUAAGGAAGCUCUCCAGCAUCCCUUCUUCAAGAGAGGGCAGAAUGUUGACGCUCCUCCUGGGUUCUCAUAUUGCACUCAUACAAGGAACAAUGUGGUUCCAAAGAUGACAGAGUUAUCAACCAUGCAGCCAAUACUGGGAGCCUAUUGA